GCCAUUGCUCCACUUUCAUGAGAUGUCAACAAAAAGACAAUAAUACGACGUCGUUUGCAUUUCUCCACCGACGGUUCUUCGUCUACCUUCGUACACUCUGAAUUUAACGCAAUUCCCAGUAGUAAUAGUUCUUCCUCAAAGAGAAAGAGAGAGAAUGGGAUUCCCGGAGCUUCCUCAGAACAACUCGCCGCCGUCCAUGGAGAAACAAUCUCCGGCGAGGUUGAAAAUUAACUCCUCCAUUCUCUUCCUCGUCGCCACUUCUAUAAUUAUUCUCACAAUUUGGAUUCUUAGUUCUUCUUUCGACCCCAUUAACAACUUCCUAGCCGGAAUCCACUUUUCAAAUAAUCCCGAUAACUGCUCCUACCCUGUCAUUGCCAACGACCCGAUUCACGACCCAUCAUUCUACGACGACGACCCGGAUUUAUCCUACUCCAUCGGAGGCCAAUCAGUUGUUAAGAACUGGGAUUUGAAAAGGCAAGAAUGGCUACAACUCAACCCUUCGUUCGCUCCGGGUCGCGUCGUAAUGGUAACCGGGUCACAACCCGGCCCAUGUAAAAACCCGAUCGGCGACCAUUUCCUACUCCGGUUCUUCAAAAACAAGGUGGAUUACUGCCGAAUCCAUGGCUAUGAUAUCUUUUACAACAAUAAUCUCCUCCACCCAAAGAUGAAUUCUUACUGGGCAAAAUUACCAGCGAUCCGAUCCGCAAUGUUGGCUCACCCAGAAGCCGAGUGGAUAUGGUGGGUUGACUCAGACGCCGCCAUAACCGAUAUGGAUUUCAAACUCCCUCUUAACCGUUAUAAAGAUCAUAACCUUGUUGUUCACGGCUGGGCUAAUUUAAUUUACGAAAAACGAAGCUGGACGAGUUUAAACGCCGGCGUUCUACUCAUCCGUAAUUGUCAAUGGUCGAUUGAUUUAAUCGAAGUUUGGGCAGCGAUGGGUCCACAAAACGCUGAUUAUGACAAAUGGGGAAGAAUCCUACGGUCGACGUUACCUGAUAAAAUGUUUCCAGAAUCGGACGAUCAAUCGGGUUUAGUUUAUCUGAUUCUAAAAGGGGAAAAGAAAUGGACGGACAAGAUUUAUUUGGAAGGGGGGUAUUAUUUUGAAGGUUAUUGGUUAGAGAUUGUGGGGACGUUGGACGAGAUUAACCGGAUAUAUUUUGAAGGCGAUGUGUUGUUGCGACGGCGGCGGCGGUCGGAGAAGAUGGCACAUACGUAUAAUGAGACGGCGAUGAGAGAACUACGGCGACGGCGACCGUUUGUAACGCAUUUCACCGGUUGUCAGCCGUGUAGCGGUGAUCAUAAUGGGAAUUAUUCUGGAGCGAGUUGUUGGGAUGGUAUGCAAAAGGCACUUAAUUUUGCGGAUAAUCAGGUUAUCAGGAGUUAUGGUUUUGUGCAUCCGGAUCUACUGAACUCAUCCUAUGUCUCUCCAUCCACCGUUGGUUAAGGACAAGGUGUAAAAUCAAAAUAAUUCAUGAUUGUAAUUUUUGUUGGUG